GUCUAUGCUGGUGAAAGGAAAGCCUCAUGGCUGCGAGGCUGGAGGUGCUGGUGGGGGGAUGGAUUGGUGCUGAUCUACAACCUGGUUGCGUCCAUCCAAGCCAGAACGCGUUCAGCCUAAGAUCCACUGGAAGGAGCUGCCUUGCCACCUCUGCCCCGCCCUGAGGGUGCGCCAGCGCCGGCAUCCUGGGUGAAGUCAGCCUGUGGGACAAGACAGCCAGCAGGGAUGCUGGACUCCGCUUGCGUGUGCACCCAAAGGGCAGGGUGGCACUGCCCCAUGGAUUUAAUGCUAAGCAUGUUCUGGCUUUGAUGGACACAACCAGGUUGUAGAUCAAUGCCUGGUUGGCCUGGGCUAGGCCGAGGUAUGGCAGGCCGGUCCUUCACUCUUUCCAGAGCAGAUCCCUGGGCCAGAUGGAACCACAUAGCGGGCCGCAUCCGGCCCGCAGGCCUUGUGUUUGACAUAUCUGCACUAAGGUAUGUUUUCUUUAGCACUGUUUAACCAGUAUGACAAUACGUAAUUAUAUCUGAACUGUACUUAUGGCCCCUACAUAUUUACUCAUUGUUGAAACCAUAUGAAUGUCCAGCUGCAUUUCUUACAAAGCAGCGGUCCCCAAUCUUUCCGGCUCUGUGGACCAGUAGGGUUAGUGGCAGUAGCGAUUGUGGGGGAGAAGGGAUGGUUUCACGUAAGCAGUGGGAGUGAAGUUUCACCUGCUCACCCAGUUCUCAAUGGUUGGGGACGCUUGCAAUAGUGCAUAUAAAAAGUAGCUUGACUGAGCACAAGACCCUUGUUUUCAAUACCAGGAUGUGGCGUUUCAAUGUGUAACUUUCAUUGUGUAAAUAUACAGCAGACUAUGGAGCUUAUAAAAACAAAGGUGGUUUGCAAAGACAGAAAGAUACAGUGAGGGAGGGAGGUGGUGCUAAGUAAUUGUGCCUCUUUUCUUUUUAUCUCUUCCCUCAUGCCUUCACUUUAAUUAAGCUAGAAUUCCUUAUGUUUAUGAAUGACAGGUGGAACUACUCAAGAUCACUACGUAUGAUCUCUUUGUUCCAACUACAUGAACGAGGGAGUGACUUUAGAAGUCAAUAAACUUCUAAAAAAUAAGUCCCUCAUUAUGAAGAAGUUUAUUGAUUCCUAAUAACACUCAACGUGCAGUAGUAUUCCCAGUUGGUCCUUGGAGUAACCAUGUUUGGAUGUGAGCAUUAAUCAGAUAUUGGGGAACUGGACCUUGGUGUUCCAACCACAUGAAUGCCCAGGUGUACUUCACUGUUGGAUAAUCUAUAAAAUGAUUCAACUCAGCAUUGGAUACUUAUUUUCAUCACCAUGAUUCAUUCAAACUGCAUGUUCCUCACUUUUGGACUGCUCAUUUUCUGCUUUCGGGUUGCCUCUUCUGUAGGUGUAUAUCCCGCGAAAUGUACACAAGUCCCUACAAUAGGAUUGUGUAUGUCUCCUACUGCUCGCUAUUUUUUCAACUCAGCAACUGGGAUAUGUGUGAUGUUCACUUAUAGUGGAUGUGGAGGGAAUGACAAUAACUUCUUAACUUUGAACGAAUGCAUAAAAGAAUGCCAAAGCCUUGGUGUAACUCCAGAGAUAUGUAAUCUUCCCGCAAAAGUAGGACGGUGCAGAGCUUCAUUUCAUCGUUUUUAUUUCAAUGCAGCAACUAAGAACUGUGAGGAAUUCAUUUAUGGUGGAUGUGGAGGAAAUGAAAACAACUUUCUAAAUUGGUUUCAGUGCAGAGCUACAUGUCAAAAUUCUGUUCUAUUUCCUGAGAAAUGUACACUUCGCCCAAGAAUAGGACCUUGCAGGUCUCCUGCUCUUCGCUUUUUUUUUGACACAGUAACUGGGACGUGUAUGAUGUUCGUUUUUAGUGGAUGUGGAGGGAAUGGAAACAACUUCAUGACUUCGGAGGAAUGCAUAAAACAAUGCAGAACUGCUGAUAUAUGUACACUUCCCAGAGAAGUAGGACGGUGCAAAGCUUCAUUUCCUCGUCAUUAUUUCAACGCAGCAACUGGGAACUGUGAGCAAUUCAUUUAUGGUGGUUGUGGAGGAAAUGCAAACAACUUCGCAUCUAUGGCUGAAUGCAGAGCUAGAUGUCAAAGGUCUGGGUAACAUGGACUCCAAUUCCAGAUCUCACUGAUGGGACACUUUGAGAGACGGGGUGGAUCCAGCAGCUGCGAAAGGAAUCCAAACUUCCAUGGAGUCUCCCACUGAAACACCUUGCAUGCAUCUGAUUCUAAGCAUACUCUUAAAUAAACAUACACAUGCUUUGAACA